UGUGAAAUAGAUUUCUGAAACAAGUUUCAACAUUUUGCUGGUUUCAGAUGAGAGACUGGAGACACUGGACCUCCCUCAGCUAUCUGCUCCACACACUCCACCCUUUCAACACAGGAAAUCCACAGGAAAUCCAUACCCUGUUAUUUCUGGGAACUCAUGAAUAGCAAAAAUUUGAGAUUAGAUUGUAGCUGACUUCAUUCUCUCUCCACCUCUGAGGAUCCUCCACAAUAUAGACAGACCAAAAGUCUGUGGUGCAGAAGGAACCUGAGCAGAUAAAGUCACAUUUUGGAGAAAUGGGAAACUGCACAGGGGGAGACACAGAGAUGCCAGAAUUGUCCCCAACAGCUCUGUUCAUAAAUGCUGAAAAAACGUUCUACCGAAUCCCAGCUCUAAUCUACAUUGACCAAACCUUUCUUGCUUUUGCUGAGAAGCGAACCUCACCUAAGGAUGAGGAUGCGAAACUGCUGGUCUUCAACAGGGGAACACGGCUGCAGGAUGGAAGUGUGAAGUGGUCAGGUGUUCGAGAGCUCACAGAAGCACAGAUGCCGGAUCAUCGCACCAUGAGCCCGUGUCCUGUCUAUGACAAACGAACCGAAUGUCUCUUUCUGUUUUUUAACUGUGUGUAUGAUAGUGUCAGUGAGUAUUGCCAGAUAAAUACAGGAAAGAACGUUGCUAAGUUGUGUUACAUUAAAAGCAAAGACAAAGGUGAGAGUUGGACAGAUUUCACAGAUUUGACAGAACGUGUGAUUGGUGAUGAGAUUCAUAAUUGGGCCACGUUCAGUGUAGGACCUGGACACGGCCUUCAGAUGACUGAUGGCAGACUCAUCGUUCCUGCUUAUGUUUAUUAUAAAGAUAGGCCUUGUGGUAAACUCUGUUGUUGUGUUAAUCUCAUUUGUUGGGCUAAUUUCUGUUUUUGUGUUAAUCUCUGUGGUUGUGGUGAUUGCGGUUGUUGCGCCAGUCACUAUUCUUUUGCAUUCUAUAGUGACGAUCAUGGUGCUAACUGGAAAUUUGGAAAAAGAUUAAGUGUCACAUCCACUGAGUGUGAGAUGGCAGAGGUGGAAAUCAAGGGCAAGAAAGUGUUAUACUGCAGUGCAAGAGGCACUGAGGGUUAUAGAGUGGAGGCUUUGAGUGAGGACAGAGGAGAGAGUUUUCAAGUAAUCCAAAGUAAUUCGAAAUUGGUGGAGCCCCCUAAAGGCUGCCAGGGGAGUGUAGUGAGCUUCAAGCAUGACGACAAAACAUGGCUCAUGUUUUCACACACAACUGACAAAAAGGACAGAAUGAAUCUUGGGAUUUAUUUGAAUAAGACUCCUGAGGAUCCCUCAGGAUGGACUGAACCAAAGAUCAUCAAUCCCUCCUCCAGUGCAUACUCUGAUGUGGUUCAGUGUGGCGAGAAAAACUUUGCUUGCCUCCUGGAGCGUAAGACGGUUAACUGCGAAGAAAUCGCUUUUGUGGAGUUUAAGCUCAAUUAUAUCAAUCCAAAUCUGUAGCUGUAUUUACCUGCGCUGUAAAAAUAAGCGACUCUACACGUGAAACAGAACAGAACUCAGGGCAGAGGCGAGGCGACUGAUGCUGAACCCCUCAGUGACAGACACAGGGUUCAGAAACACACACACCUUCAGUUACAGUUUAUUUACCAAGAUUUGUGACCAUGAGUAAAAAAAUGACUUGCUUUUUGUGUCAGAGAUGAGAACAGAUCGUCUUAAAGACAGACAGAGAUUAAAGCAGAGAUUUAACCUUCUGACUACUGAAAACCCUGCAGUUAUUACAGGGCUGUAAAAACAUCUAUAACCACUGUAUCUGUGUUCAUUUCCAUCUCUCACUCUUCAUUACACAUUUCCUGUUUGACCUGUAACUCUUUUUAAUGCAUCUUAGUCCUUAUUAUAGAGUCAGAGACAUUUACUGAACUACUGACCGUGUACAACAACGACAAUAAAGACAUAAAUGUUCAAACUAAUAAAUCUUCUGUUACAAAGAAAAAUAAUACAGACAGAUUAUAAUUUUA